CAUUUUCUGCUAGAAUUAGAGCUAGAAUUCAUGAGAGAUGGGAUCUUCAUUUAUACGCCCCGAACACUGGAAAGUCAACAAAAACGACAACCAUGGCCAUGAUGAAAUCUGCAAUCAAGCAAUUUGGUUUCAUUUGCAGAACAUCUGGAUAACGCGAACCUUGGUGUGUGUUUGUGGUGCAUCGGUUUCCACGACUGCCACAUAUAUCCGCUUGCCAUUCUUGGACUAAACCCCCAUGUCCAUUGUGAAAAGUGCAACACUGGAAACCUUCACUCGUCCCUUGUCGCAUCAAAGCCCUGUACCCAUUUGAUCCCUUUUUUUUUAUUGAGCCAGGUGUUUCCUUGCUUGCUUCAAUGGCGUCCAUGUCUAGAUUGGUUCUCAAGGACUGUAAGUUUCGGACACACGACGUUUUGUACAAACCAAGCUCUUCUCUUCCUUCUAGGAAGCUUCAAUUGCAUCUGGAUGUAAGAGGGGAGUUUCCUGAAGCUAAGAAUGGAAGAAGUUUGUCAAUCCUUAACAAGCCAUGGAGUCCAGUAGUUACAAUCCCUUCUUCAGUCAUUCAAACUUCAAGGAACUCUCAAGUUUGGUGCAAGGCUGCAACAAAUUUAUCUGGAGAUGUCCCCAGUAAAACACCCGAUGGAAUGAGUCAGUAUGAGAGAAUAAUUGAAACUUUGACAACUCUUUUUCCGGUUUGGGUCAUAUUGGGCACCAUUGUUGGCAUCUACAAGCCGGCUGCUGUAACAUGGUUGGAGACAGACCUUUUCACUCUUGGCCUAGGUUUCCUCAUGCUUUCAAUGGGAUUGACACUAAGAUUUGAGGAUUUCAGACGCUGUUUGCGGAAUCCAUGGACUGUUGGUGUAGGAUUUCUUGCUCAAUACUUGAUUAAACCCAUGUUGGGCUUCGUCAUUGCAUUGACUCUGAAACUGUCUGCACCUCUUGCAACUGGUCUUAUUUUGGUCUCAUGCUGCCCUGGAGGUCAGGCAUCAAAUGUUGCAACUUACAUAUCAAAAGGAAAUGUGGCACUUUCUGUUCUCAUGACAACGUGUUCAACUAUUGGAGCUAUUGUUAUGACACCACUCCUCACUAAGCUUCUUGCUGGUCAGCUUGUUCCAGUUGAUGCUGCGGGUCUGGCAAUCAGCACUUUUCAGGUUGUUUUAGUGCCAACAAUUGUUGGAGUGUUGGCAAAUGAAUUCUUCCCCAAAUUCACUUCCAAAAUAGUGACAGUGACACCUUUGAUUGGAGUUAUUCUCACCACACUUCUCUGUGCAAGCCCAAUUGGACAAGUUUCAGAUGUAUUGAAAACUCGAGGAGCGCAACUAAUACUUCCAGUGGCUGUCCUACAUGGUGCUGCAUUUGCACUUGGUUAUUGGCUUUCAAGAGUAUCAUUUGGCGAAUCCACUUCUCGUACUAUUUCUAUAGAAUGUGGGAUGCAGAGCUCUGCACUUGGGUUUUUGCUCGCCCAGAAGCAUUUUACAAAUCCCCUUGUUGCUGUCCCUUCUGCUGUCAGCGUUGUUUGCAUGGCUCUUGGUGGGAGUGCUCUUGCAGUCUUUUGGAGGAACAAGCCGAUACCUGUUGACGACAAGGAUGACUUCCAGGAAUAAUGAAAAUUCUGUCUCGGGCUUUGUUCUUGAAAAAAUCUAUUUGCAAGCCUGUUUUUUUAACACAUCUAACACAACACUGAAGUGGAUCCCACAAUGAUAAAAAAGUAUAGGUAUUUUAACUUUUUUAUAACUAUAGUGGAUUCCACAAGUGGUUUGCUGAUACAUCAGGCUUGCAAAUAACACAACCUCUUGUUCUUUAUGGGUAUUGUUUCUCGCUAAAUUAAGCCAGUUCGAAGGAUUUUUUUGUGGUCCUCUUCUCAGGUUCUUAUUUAGAAUCAUUGGAAUUCUGUGAAGACAUCAAUGGAAAAUUAAGGGGAUGCGAGUGUUUGGGUUUCAGGUAUUUGUUUCUGCAGAGCAUUAAAACUGGAAUUUAGGAACUGAACUUUUUUGUUUCAUUUUGUGAAAAUAACAGAGAUUUUUAUUUCUUUGAGAGACCCAUUACUCUUCAAAACUUCCUGCCUUGUUUGUAAUUUCAUUUGCCAGAUUUACAAUUGGUUCCAUCUUCAUUUUCGUUUGAACAAAUCGGAAGAGGCCGAAUGCUCUUCCCCUCUUGUAUGAUAGCAAUUUUGAAUGGAAUACUUUUGCAGCAA